AUGUGCACAGAUGUGAACGUUUCAUCUGACCUCAGUGAAAUAAGGCGCAAGGUACAGAACAGUGUCUGCAUGACUGCAGGUUACUACAUAAAUAUCUGGGUUUUCUUCCAGGCCCGUGAUGCUCACUGCACAUGUCCUCUAGGUUAUCAGAGCUCCUCAGCUGGUGGAAGACACUGUGUCAGACGAGCAUAUGAUAUCUGUCGGGAUACAGCCUCUCGAAACGAGGAAGGACAGUGUUUAACCAAGAAAGAAUGGGCUCAUUAUUGCUCUGAAAAGGUUUGUACUGUCCCCAGGGAUUAUCUAGGCUAUGACAAGGUUCUUGGCCUCUGCAUCUGUAAAGCUGAGGAUCUGGAGAGUGUGUGCAAUUCGCAGUGUAGGAGACAACAAAGAGAGACUCUGCAGGUCACUUGUACCGAGAAAAAUGCUCAGCUUUUUAUCACUUACCGAAAUGGGAGCAAGGUUGCUGUUGUCUUGGAAGAAUUAGGAACAGUCCUACUAGGACCAUAUUUCCCUUUAAAAGAUGUCUGCACUUCAGAACAAAGCAAAUAUUCCCACCCAGCAUACAUCGUCAAAACAAGUGGGAAAGGAUUUUUAGGAGUGUAUAAUCCUGACCCACAGCUAUUUCACAACUUCAUCAUGCUAAACAAGGCUUCAUCGUUACAGAGAAACUGGCCUUCCUCUACAACAGCUCCAGAAACAACCUGUACAACACGAAUGCUGAAUUUGACUGGGGGGACUUUCGAAGACUCGCAGAGGAAAUGAGAGAGGCCUCCCAAAAAAUCCUCUUCUUCCUCUUCCAGUUCCAGCACCCUGGUACCUAUGUGUUACAGCUGAGCAGCAAUCAGCACAAAAAAAUGUACAUCAGGGUCAUGCCACUUGGAGGACAGUGUUAUGAAGAGGGGCCUUUCUUCCCCACAACUCCCAGAUAUGCUGUACAGGUGGGCAUCGCAAAAAAACAAGACCUCCUACUGAAACCUGACUGGACAGCAGUUUUUGGAGUAAUCACAGGACUUCUCACUUUGCUUAUUACCUGUGUGGUAUUGACACUUUUUUGUCACGGGCUUAGCUGGUCACAGAAAGGCACUGCCUGUCCUCCAUUUCGAAGGCAGCAGCUGAAGCAUAAUCUGGACAGAUAUUCUUCCAACGUAUCAACAGUC